ACUAUGGAAGAUAACAUCAAAAUAAGAAACAAAUUCGGCUAACAUAGUCAAAGUAUAAAUCAAUGCUUGUUUUCCAACACUCCAAAGUCAGGAAAUUAGUGCAAAAAUAUAGCUAUUUGUAGAUUUUUAAUUUUCUGCAAUGGGGAAGGCAAAGAAGGUUAGAGAGAGUGGAACUGAUGAUUUUGAUUGUUGGUGGUGGUUGCUUCAGAAUGGAACACCAACCGUGUUCAUCACUGUUGGGUUGUUUGCAUUGUUGGUUCGUGUGGCAGUGUCACUGCACCCUUACUCUGGUGCUGCUAACCCUCCAAAGUUUGGGGAUUACGAGGCUCAGAGGCAUUGGAUGGAGAUUACGACUAAUCUUCCCGUGAAGGAAUGGUAUAGAAACAGCUCCAACAAUGAUCUGAGCUAUUGGGGACUUGAUUACCCUCCUUUGACUGCAUACCAAAGUUUCAUUCAUGGCCGUUUUCUUCGAUUCUUCCAUCCUCAGUCCGUUGUUCUUUUCACUUCCAGAGGUCAUGAGUCCUAUCUUGGAAAACUACUUAUGAGGUGGACAGUGUUAUCAUCCGAUGCCUUGAUAUUCUUUCCGGCUGUACUGUAUUUUAUUGUUGUUCGUUACAACAAACCUUCUAGGGGCCUUAAAAGUGAAUUAGCAUGGCACACUGCUGCACUAUUGCUAAGCCCUUGUUUGAUCUUAAUUGAUCAUGGUCAUUUUCAGUUCAACUGCAUCAGCUUGGGCUUUACUAUUGGAGCUGUUGCUGCUAUCCUCUCUGGGAAAGAUUUUGUGGGUUCUGUUCUUUAUUGUCUAGCUCUAAAUCAUAAACAGAUGAGUGCAUAUUUUGCACCUGCAUUUUUCAGCCAUCUACUCGGCAAAUCCCUGAGGCGGAAACAUCCAAUCGUUGAGGUGUUAAAACUUGGGUUGUUGGUUUUAGGAACAUUUGCCGUUGUGUGGUGGCCUUAUCUAUAUUCAACACAAUCUGUUUUAGAGGUCCUCUCACGUCUUGCUCCAUUUGAAAGGGGAAUAUUUGAGGAUUACGUGGCCAACUUUUGGUGUGCCUCUUCAGUUCUCAUCAAAUGGAAAAGAUUAUUCACAACAGAAUCUCUGAAGCUUAUCAGCUUCACUGCAACAGUUAUAACCUGUCUUCCUUCAAUGAUUCAACAAAUAAAGUCUCCCAGCCAUCGAGGUUUCCUUUAUGCGUUGCUGAAUAGUUCUUUCUCCUUUUACUUGUUUUCUUUUCAAGUGCAUGAGAAGUCUAUUUUGCUGCCUCUUCUUCCAGCAACCCUUCUGGCUGUUGAAGAGCCUUUUAUUUUCAAGUGGUUCACACAAUUCGCCAUGCUCUCCAUGUUUCCUCUGAUAUGUCGGGAUAACUUGGUUGUUGCAUAUUUGGCUUUGCUUGCCCUCUUUGUCCUGAUACUCAAUGCACCUGUUCAACACAAAGUGAGAGAGACUAAUUACCUUAAUAGUUAUUUGGGCUCAGCAACCAUGUUCUUUAUUUUAUGCUGCUCUUUUGUUCUUCACAUAGUUUACUUGACCAUGCAUCCUCCUGAGAAGUAUCCUUUCCUUUUUGAAGCAAUAAUCAUGAAUCUGUGCUUCUCUCAGUUUGUUCUUGUUACUCUAGCCUGCAAUAUAAAGCAGUGGCUGUUAAAUAAACCUGCCAAAUUAGAAGAAAUAGAAAAGAAGCUCAUUUGACAUGUUUCAUUUUUUAAGUUAGAUGGAUUGCUCUUGCUAGGCAGUUGGAUUUGGAGGUGCAUGUUUAAUACUUUUCAGCAAUGUUUUUCAGAAGGUGAAUUGAUUGAGAGUUUGACCUUCAUUAACCUCAACCCUAAUGAUUUUAUAAUUUUUACACUUUA